UUUUGCCUGUAUGUAUGGGUGGCCAGAAGAGGGCUUCAGAUCCCCCUGGGACUAGAAUUAUAGACUGUUGUGGGUUACCAUGUGAGUGCUGGGAGUAGAACCCAGGUCCUCUGGAAGAGCAGUCUUAACCACUAAGAACUCUAUCCUUGGGAUGGUCAGUCAGUCUGUCAUUUCAAUUUAUGAGGCAUGCUUUUGGGUGUAUCCAUUGAGGGAGUUUCCAGAGAGUAUAGAUUGAGGGACAACCCACCCUGAAUGUGGGCUGGGGACUUAAAUAAAAAUGGAGGGGUGGGAGGAGAAAAAAGCAAGCAAGACUCUAGAAUUCCCCUUUCUUUGCUUUCUGAUUGACAAAUGCAGGUAUAAACAAGCAGCCUCAUGAUCCUGCCCACCGCACCUUCCCAUCUGAUUCCGGCCACGUAUUUGGUUAUAGCAAUGAAAAAGUAAAUGCUGAAGGAAACACAGGAACAAAGCGACAGUAAUUCAACAAGCCUAUUUUCUUCUGCAAAAAACGAACCCAAGCUGGGCUAGCCAAUACAUUCAGCCCAAAGGGCCUCCAUCUUUUAUCCCUGUGCUGGGAUUACAGGUGUGCACAACCACAUCAGUGCUGGGGGCGGAACCCAGGGCUUCGCGCAUGCUAGGUCAGGACUCUACCCACUGAGCCACAUUCCCUUGCUCGCUCCCUUUCAGGUCUGUGAUCAACGGAACCAGUAGGUUUAUAGUUGUCAACAAAGCCGCCCCGCCGGGACACUCAGAAUUCCCAAUCUGGAACAAAGAAGCCUCGCCUAGAAGCCACGCCCCUCUGUGAGGUCACAGAGGGUUCGCCCCUACAGCGGAGCCAAUAGGAACCCUGGGCGGGGCCUUUGGGGCGGAGUAGCCAGCGGCGGCGGCGGACGCAGCGCAGCGGCGCGAUGGACCCGCCAGCUCGUCCUUCCGUCUCCCGCCCUCGGGCUCGUGGUCGCCCGCCGCCGCCGCCGCCGGAGACGCUGCCCACUGCGGGCUUCGACGACGAGCUCUACGACUGCCUGGACUACUACUACCUGCGUGACUUCCCGGCCUCUGGAGCUGGCCGCAGCAAGGGCCGGACGCGGCGCGAGCAGCAGCUGCGCACCAACCACACGGUGCCCGGCGGCCACGAGCGCAAGGUGGCGCAGACCCUGAUCAACGGGCAGCGCAAGCGGCGCCAGCGCCAGCUGCAACCGCGGCCCCGCACGCGCCUCACCUGAGCGGGAAACCUGAAAGACCUGUUAAAAGUAUUUUCAACUGUAACUGAGUUCCUCCAUGUUGGUCAACAGGACUUUUUUGAUAGUGUUUAAGUUUCCUGCUUCAGUCUUUUCCUCAGUAAUUAAUUAUUAAGUAAGUAGUUUCCAAGUAGGGAUGUCUUUUUAGGGCUUCCAAUUAAAAGAGAACAGCAAGAAUGCA